CCACAACCGAUUUCUGAGAACUCCAACGUUGUUACACCCAACUCGAAGAUGAUGUCGCUGGAUUCUAUUCCAUCGGCAAUGCGUCCAAACAAUGAGUGUGUAGAAGAAGAAGAGGUAUGGAGUGGAGACUGUGAAGACGAAGAAAAGGUAUGGAGUGGAGACCGUGAAGAUGAACAAGAGGUAUGGAGUAGUCCUUCAAACAAAAAGUGUGGUGAAAUAGAUACUAGCGGAGCUGGGAAGGAGGCAACAGAAAAUUGUACAGAUGGAGUUGAAGAACCGAAAGAGGGAAUGACCUUUGACACAUCGAAGGAAGCUUAUUCAUACUACUCAAGAUAUGCUAAAGAAAAAGGGUUUGUUGUGGCAAAAAGAACAUCGAGAAAGGGAAAAGAUGGAAAGUUGAAGGAUGUAACUAUAGCAUGCAGUCAUGUUGGAAAGGCAAGGGUGACAUCAAGCAACCCGGUCAAACCACGGCCACAAUCAAAAAUUGAUUGUCAAGCUCAUGUUACCGUUGUGUUGUAGCCGAAUGAAAAGUGGAGGUUAAAUCGGGUUGCUUUAGUUCACAAUCAUGACCAGAGCCUGGGAAAGGUAAGGUAUUUGAGGAGCAAUAGGGUACUCGAUGAACAAGUGAAAAGAAGACUUGAAUUGAAUGAUAAAGCUGGGAUCAAUUUGAACCAGACUUAUACCUCACUUCAGAUUGAGGCUGGGGGACCUGGUAAGCUUCCAUAUAUCCAGAAAGAUUGCCGAAAUCAUGUGGAUAAAGUGCGUCGUUCACUACUUGUGGAAGGAGAUGCUCAGGCGAUGCACAAUUAUUUCCUGAAGAUGAAAGCCGACAAUUCUGACUUCUUUUUUGUAAUGGAUUUGGAUGAUGAGGGUCGACUAAGGAAUGUAUUUUGGGCGGAUGCAAAGAGUAGGGCAGCUUGUAAAGAGUUCGGUGAUGUUGUGACCUUUGACACAACUUACUUGGUAAACAGGCAUGAUAUGCCUUUUGCUCCGUUUGUAGGCGUGAAUCAUCAUAGCCAGUCUAUUUUAUUGGGAUGCGGGCUCAUCUCUCAAGAAGACACAGACUCAUUUUC